GUGGGAAGCCUACUGAAAAUGGCUGACCGAGAUCGAUAAAAGUUCUACCUUGUUUUUAGUAAAUGAUAACGAAAAUUUCUGCAAAAAAAUAAUUUCACGUUGUGUAAAUAUUUAGUGAAGAUAGUUUAGUAUUGUUCUAAUUUAAGAAUGUGCUUUUUUAUGCAUUAUUUUUAGUGAAAAAGUGAAUGUAAACUCUAUAUUAUGUAGUAAUUGUUUCAUAAAGAUUACUGACUGCUUAGCAGGCGUUAAAGAAUGGCUACUACUCAAGGCGAAAUCAGGGUGGGUCCUGGAAACCAGGUAAAAGAUAUUUAUGCUCUUCUACCAGAAUACCGACCGGGUGUUCCGCCAGAACAACUUUCUCCUGACCCAGAACAAACCAGAGUUAGGGAAGAGCAGCGAUGGGUGCCAGCCAUGACUCUGGAUGCUGAUCUGCUCAUGUAUUUACGAGCUGCACGGUCCAUGGCUGCCUUUGCUGGCAUGUGUGAUGGAGGGUGUCCUGAGGAUGGAGCCAAUGCUGCGUCGAGAGAUGAUACUACUAUUAAUGCUUUGGAUGUGUUGCACGAUUCUGGAUAUGAUCCAGGUAAAGCAUUGCAGGCUCUCGUAAAAUGUCCAGUGCCUAAAGGCAUCGACAAAAAAUGGAGCGAAGAAGAAACGAAACGGUUCGUUAAGGGUCUUCGACAAUUUGGCAAGAACUUUUUUAGGAUAAGAAAAGAUCUUUUACCUCAUAGAGAUACGCCGGAAUUGGUGGAGUUCUACUAUUUGUGGAAGAAGACUCCUGGUGCGAAUAAUAACCGGCCUCACCGGCGGCGUAGACAAGGCUCUCUAAGAAGGAUCAGGAACACACGUAAUAGUAGAGGAGGUAAUACAUCAACUAAUUCAGGACGAAACGUUCCUCCAGAGACAGAAAACAAUAGACCUUCACCUCAGCCUGGAAAAGAACCUGGUGAAACCAGUUCUGUAACGGAAGAUGAUAAUGAUAGCGAAGAUGAUAGCGAUAGUCGAGACGCACAAUAUAGAUGCUCGCAUUGCUUUACAACAAAUUCCAAAGAUUGGCAGCCUGGAGGCAAAGAUCGGCAACUUCUGUGUUACGACUGUAGGGCUCAUUACAAAAAGACAAAUGAAUUACCUCCUGUUACAGCUCCAGCAGCUGGAGGAAAUAAUCCAUCAGCAGAAAGCCCAGAUGCAAGUCCGCAACGUAUGCGCACAAGAAAUAAGGCAAAAGAACAAACUAGUAAUCGCGCUAGGCCAAAAAGAGGUGGCACUGAAACACCAGAACCUAAAACACCUAUUAAAAACAAUCCCAACGCGGAAAAAACAACUCCCACUCAACCCGGUACUCCGGGUAAAAAGAAAAAGUCUGAUAAGCCUGAAACGCCAAAUAAGAAUAAAGAUAUUCGAAAGAGGACUCAAGAUGGCAAAUCAGAAGACAAUGAAAUGGAUGAAAGGGAACUUGGUUUGCUGAAAAAGAAACGAGACAGAGCUGAAAGUCCUUGUAGUCUUACAACGGAUUCAGAAACUGUCAAUGAUGAUGUAGAGAAUCCGGAUAAUGAAACUGAAAAUGUGGAGGUGGCAACACCAGAUACUGCUAUGAGUGCUGUAGUCAAUGUACCUGCGUCUUCUGUGACACCAUCCACACCACCUUCUAUCACUUCUAACUUAUCUCAGGAACAACUCGGCAACGUGCCCAUUAAGCAGGAUGUUACCGAGCCACCAGAUAUAAAACACCGAAUUCCAUCGCCGCCUAUUACUCCAAUAAACCCUGUUAACCCGCCUAAAAGCAUUUUAUCUGAACCAAUGCCUCUCAAUGUUUCCAUACGUCUACCUGAUGAUAUGAAUGAACGUAAAAAUCUGAUAAAAAGAAACCUAGAUACAUCCAUGGAUGCCAAGGAGGUUAAGUUUAAUAUAGAAAAUUCAAGCUUUAAUCCAGAAGCAGUAAGGUUUAAUCCAGAAGCAAUGAAGUUUGCUCAACAAACUGAAUAUAAAAACGAACCGAUAAUAAACCCUGACAUUCCAAUGAAAGUUGAAGGUGAAAUUAACGAGGACCAACUCAAAGAUCAAAUUCCCCAACAAAUAUCGAUAAUGCAAGAGAAGCCGUUUAAAACCGAAUUAAUUAUUCCCAAAAUUCAUCCACUCAAAGAAGAAGAUUCUUCGAACAGUGAAUCUGUUCCCAAAGAAGAGUCUUCUUACAAAGAUAAUAUAUUCAUGCCCCAGAAUCUUAUAAAAGAACCAAUCACCUUUGGUAUGAAAGAUCCACCUUUGAUGAAUCACUUAACACCAAAAAUAAUGAAAGACCCAAUGCAAGAAAAACAUAAAGAACAAAUGAUUGAUAUGAGCCCAAUAAAUCAUUACGAAAUUAAACAAGAACCUUAUAGUUACCAACCACCCAAAGAUCCUAACGCUACCACUGCUGUUACUAUUAAUAGUAUUAAUAAUACUGUUAUAAAAUUAGAACCAAGGGAACCACGUGAAGAGCCCAUGGAACUGACUAGUCAAAGUAGAAAUGAACCACAGCCUUACGGUGCACAUCCUCAACCAUUGAACAUUCCUCAAGUUAUUCCAAUGUCUCAGAAUCUUCCCCCAAGUAAUCACUAUGAAGAAGAAAAGAGACUGGAAAAAUUAGAAAGACCCGAAAGAGUAGAUAGGCCUGAAAGAAUCGAUAGACCAGAAAGACCAGAUAUAGUCCAAAUUAAUUCUGCACCUAUUGGUCAACCUCCUCUUCCAAGUCUAAUGCAAUCUGGAAACUUGGUUACAAUAGGUGGAUCUCAGCCACCACAGAUGAACCAUUAUAGUUUUAUGACCGGACUGCCAUUUUCACAUCCACAAAGUCCACGUAAUUUAGAAAAGAACCAGCCACAACACCAGCAAAAUGAACCUCAAAACUUGAAAAUCAAACAAGAAAUUCCAGAGUUACCACAAAGUCAGAGUUCAUCUAUGCCACCGAACCAUUUAAGUGGUUUGAGCAGUUUCACACAGUCUGCUCUAAAUCCUGGGCCUCCUGUUCAGCCUCCACAAAGUUUGGCUUUACCACCUAGCUCGCAGAAUAUACCUACCAGUAUACCAACUUCUGGAGGUUUCGUAGCUCCUCCCACCCACCUACCUUCGCCCAUGUCUGAUCCUCUUCAAAGUCUGAAAGAUGUAAAGAUACCUGGUUACAUUCCACCCCCACAACAUAACCAGCCCGCUCAAUCGACAAGUAAUGAAAGGAGUGAACGCCCUCCUUCAGGUCCAACUGUGGAAAAUAUUAAGAAAGAGCCAGAAUAUAUUAGAUCGUCCAGUACUGGACCUAGUCCUAAACCUUUAUCCGAAAAGUGUACAACCCCAAAAAGUAGUAGCAAUACGAACACACCUACUCCAGGAGCUCAGCAAACACCACCUCCAAUUCGCCAACAUGGUACAAAUUCUCCCCAUUCUGCAAUGAACUUGAUAAGUCCAAGUGCAGCUCCACCUACUUCCUUAGCUCAACCCCAUCCAACCCAACCGCAUGGUCCUUCCUACGGUACAAUGCCUCCACAUCAUCCACACUUGGUCCAUCCUUCAUUUCUACAAAUGCCUUUUCACGGGCCUCAUCCAUAUUCUGGUUACCCGUUCCCCUAUCCGUACUCCUACCCUGUCGUACCUCAACCACAUGCUGUACCACCCCCUACUAGUCGGCACGACAUGAGUGUUGCUCCAAAAUCGAUUGAUACCGUCAGCGCUACAUUGAUGUCAUCUCAGCAUAGUACAAGCAGUACGCUAACUUCUAAAAGAGAAACUAGGGAAUCUGAUGAGAAUGGUGGGGAAAGGCACCAGACUCAUGAAAUGACAUUAACAAACCAUCAAAGUACUUCACACAAUAGCUCAGUACACGCAACUGUUGACAAGCACAAUUAUGGUAGUAGUCAUAGCAUUACAAUAUCACACAGUACUUCCACUAGUUCAAGUCAAAGUGUCCAGCACAAAGUCAAUCAAAAAACAAUUAGGAGUAGUUCGCCACAUCCGCCAGUGUCACAAACAACUUCAAGCUCGAGUCUAAACCAUACGUCUUCAAGUUCAACUAGUAGUCAUCAGCACACCCAUCACCAUACUCAUACCCACCACGAUCGGCUAUCUCCUGGUACACAACUUCUACGACAUAGUAUACAUAAACCGCCUACUCCUCAAGGUGCUAAUGCUCAUCAUUUGAUGAUUCAACCUCCAAACAUGGGUCACCAUCCUUCUUCGCUUGAAGCUUUAAGGGCGCAUGCCGCUCAAGCAGCGGCUAAUAUGCACCCACCGUCUUCCCCCAUGAACCCUCCGCCAAAACUUGUAUCUGAUGAAGUGAUCAAGGUAGAACCGGAUCCUGAACCCGCUCCAGAAGAGGAAGGACAGAGUAGUCCGAUAGAUCCUCCCAGGGGUCCUUCACCAGAACCUAGGAUUGAAGACACUGAAUGCCACAGAAGUCAAAGUGCAAUAUUUUUGCGUCACUGGAAUCGAGGGGACUAUAAUUCUUGUACAAGAACUGAUCUCACUUUUAAACCAGUGCCAAAUUCAACUCUUGCUAGAAAGCGAGAAGAACGACUUAGAAAACAAGCUGAUAGAGAAAGAGAGGAAAGAGAACGAGCACAGCAAGCACAACAAAGAAAGAAUGCUACUCCAGAAAAACCAGACAUCAAGCCGCCAUCUAGGGGGCCUUUAGAAACAGUUAGUUCGCCGUAUGAACGAUUCCCUAGACCUGGAUUUAACGACACACCUGCUUUGAGGCAGUUGUCUGAAUACGCCAGGCCUCAUGCUGGUUUUAGUCCUGGUCACAUGCCAAGAUCACUCAUACCUCCGUCUCAUGUUAUGGACCCCAUGUUACAGUACCAACUAAGUAGUAUGUACGGACCGGGAGCUAGAGAGAGGUUGGAAUUAGAGCAUCUAGAAAGGGAGAAACGGGAAAGGGAAAUUAGGGAACUCAGGGAGAGAGAGUUAAAUGACAGAAUAAAGGAAGAGAUAAUGAAGGGAGGAAUGAGGGGACCUGCAAAUCCUAUGGAUCCUCAUUGGUUGGAAAUACAGAGGAGAUAUGCAGCUGCAGGCUUAGCUGGACCAGGAGGGCCAGCAGGUAUUCCCCUUCACCAUUUCGCCUUAUACCCAGGAGGAAGUAGUGCACCUUUAUCCCAAAUGGAACGGGAGCGUCUGGAAAGGCUGGGUAUACCUCCUCCACCUGCACCUGGAGCUCCUGGUGGGCCUCCCCCAGGUCACCCUCAUCAUCCUGCCCAUCAAGCACAACUGGAAGCAGCUGAACGCUUGGCUUUGGCUACCGAUCCUAUGGUGCGUCUGCAGAUGGCAGGUAUAUCACCAGAGUACCACGCGCAUACGCACGCUCACACGCAUGCUCAUACACACCUUCAUCUGCAUCCUCAACAGCAGCAGGCUCAGCAAGAGGCAGCUGCUGCUGCGGCAGGUUUUCCGUUACCAGCUUCUGGGGCUCCAGGUUAUCCACGUCCUGGAUUGAUUCCAAGCAGAGAGGGACCAUUGGGUCUUCAUCAUCCUGACUUGUUGGGCAGACCAUACGCUGAUCAACUGGCGCACCAAGCGGCCGCCCAUGAACAGUUACAGCGACAGAUGCUGCUAGAAAGAGAUAGGUUCCCUCCUCAUCCUUCGAUAGUAGCUCAACACGAAGAGUACCUAAGGCAACAAAGAGAACGUGAACUUAAAGUAAGAGCGCUCGAAGAGGCUGCUAGAGGAUCCCGACAGUAAAAGCAGAAAACCUCGUCUUCGGAACGUGUUCAGUAAUGUAAAAUCAAAUUUUUCAGAAGAAUAUAUUAUAUCAUGUAAAAUAAAUCUGAAUCUUAAUUAUUCUUAUAGAUUUUAAAUUAUAGAGUUUAAAAUAGUAAAAAUAUAUACAAAAUAUUUUCUAAGAGCAAAUUUAAGUAUAAAUACGAUUUUAAUUUUUUUUAUAUAUAUUUUGCAUAAAAUAGAAAGUUUUUCAAAUACAGUGAUGAGCGCGCUAAUAACCGGUAAAAUAACGCAAAAGAUGGAAAACAUAAUACAUUACGAAACAAAAAGAGAUGAAACUGAUAGAGGUGGAAAUUAUCGUUAUGAACGUAUAAAUUAACAUUACAUUACAUAGUUUCCCACCUUUAGACGUCUGUGACAGGAGUAUUUUAUGAAAUUCUACUGUCACACUGACAGUUGUCAUACUCCUCUGAUACGUCUAAAGGUGGAAAACUACAUAAUGUAAUGUUUCCACCUCCACUAGUUUCAUUUCUUUUUGUUUCGCAAUGUAUGUUUUCCAUCUUUUGGGAUAUUUUUCCGGUAAUUAACGCGCUCAUCACUGUAUAGUGUUCGAAUUAUAAAAAAAAUUAAAAAAUACAUGUCUUAGUCAUACGCAAGGUGUUUCAAAUAUUUAAAUAUUUAUUGCUAGAGCAUACAGCAGAAGACACAGAAGAAAUCGCGACAGUACACAAGUGUUAAUUAACGAAUAAAUGUUACGAACACGAAUCAAGAAGGUCAUAUCGAAAAGCGUUUGACUUUUAGUCACUUCACCAAAUAUGUAGGUCUCAUGUUUAUUAAUUUUUAUUAUUUUUUAUUGAAAAUAAAAAAUAUGUAUUGGACAAUCACAUCGGAAAUAUUAAUAUUCUACUUUUUCCAAAGAAAUUUCAUGAAUUAUAAGAAGAAAUUCUUACAAGGUAGAAAAGGGCAGACGAUAUUUACAAAGCAAUAAGUGGAGAUGGAUACUUCUGAUUCAGCCUCUCAACUAGUGAGCAGCAACAUUUCUUGUAUUUACAUAUUCAUCCAAGCUUUUUUACCGACUACUUUUUUACUUAACUUUUCUUUUUAUUAAUCUAGCUUCAUUUUUAUAUUGCAAAAUUGCAACAGAUUUAUUGAUUAUUGAUUCUAAAAAUCUUUUCUUUUCGCUUGUUUAAAUCACAUUUAUAUUUUUAAUUUAUAUAAAUCACGUUUGAAUCGCAAUUAUUAAUUGCAAUAAAAUUAUAUUUUACGUUUGUUUUUAUCGUUUAGUUUCCAUUCAGAAAUUGUUUUCAAAAAAGGUUAAUAUAAAGUAAGUAGUUAUUUAAUUUACAAUUGUUUAUUAAUAGGGAACUUGCAUAAAAUUUUAAAUUCGAAUGCUAUAAAUCACAACCGAACAUAAUUUAAAAUAUAUGUCAAAGAAAAAAGUUGUUAUUUUCUUUCUUUUGGCCCCUAAAAACGAUUUAAAUCGAGAGAAAAUUCAAAUUAUGACAGCCAGUCCAAAACGCGCCUUCAUUGGUCGUGACGUCAUAAAGUUAAAAAUGUUCAAGUUCUGCGCUAUUAAUUCAUUAAGUUUGAUAUUCGUUUACUUGUUGUAGUCAUUUUAUGGUGUAUCUCAGUUUUAUAACUUUUUAGAUAGUUGCUGUGAACUAUAUAUUUCAUAAUAUUUGAGCGUUUUUGUUAAGAUAUUUUUUUCAAAUGACCGAAGAUUGUUUUCCCAAAGGCAGUAUAGCAACUUAUUUAUUAUGAACAUAAAUCUUUAUUAUUACGAUUAGUUUAUUUGAAUUGUAUAGUAAAAACAGUUGCAGGAAAAUAUUGUAGAGGUUAAUAAUAACGAAAAGUUUUAUUCUUGUUAAAAAUACACUUGAUUUAUUAAAAAAACUAUUAAGCAGACAACAGACAUCAAAUACUUCCAAUAAAAUUAUUUUCAUAUACAUGAAGACCUUGAGAAUGAACUAAAAUGUCUAAUGUCCUUUCAACGUGCAUGUAACCACUUUAUUAAACGCCGUUUCUUAUCGACUGGUAAUCUAGUAAAUAUUUUAUUGGGGGUUUUAAUGGUUGUAGUUUAACACAAUGAUACUAAACAACACUUAUAGUAUUUAUUUUUAAUUUCCAUAGUAAACACACACACAAUUUAAUAAUAUCUCUUCAAAAACUGUAUCACACCCCAAAGUAAACGAAAUGGUAUAUACUUUUAUGUGAGACAGGCGAAAUCUCAUUACAUACUAUUACAAAAUGAUUUAAAUGAUUUGUACAAUUUAAAUGAUUUGAUAAAAUGUUUGAAAUGAUUUAAAUACACAGAAGUUUUUAAAUUUUUACUUUAUUAUGCGUUUUUGUGGCGUGAAAUUUUGGAAAUCUUAUUUUAAAAGAAACUUAACAUUAUUAUGUAAUAAAAUAAAAAUGUGCAAGGUUCCUAUUGGCGCUUUGUUUCGGCCAAUUUGACAGAUGACUUAAUUGGCAUCGAUAUUGUAGGCGGCAUUUUCUACUUAAAACAUGACUAUUCAUCCACAAGAUCGAGGCCAAGUUUAAUCUGUCAAAUAUUUCAAAUUAAAAUAUAAAAUAGUUAUUUGAAAAUCAUAUUACAAUGAAUUUAAAGAAGGGAAUAUGAAAAAAUCCAGACCCUUUGAAAAGAGGAUUCCCUUCCAAUUACAAUCUAAAUACGAGGACUGGCCAAGUACCUAAGAUGUGAAGGCCAUGAAACUAAAAGAAGAAGAAGAAGAAGAGAUCAAAAACAAACGUAAAAUUUAUAUUACAAUUAAUCCCAAAUAAAUAUUUGCUCAUCCCAGAUACCUAGACUCUCAAAAUCAAGAUCUCGAUCUCUAGCUGACCAGGUACUUCCUCUUAUUCAUGUACCAUGUCCUUUCAGAAAGUUGGGUACCAUCAUAGCUAUCUUAAUUUUAUUCACUGCCACCCUAAAUAGCAUGCUUGUAUCAACACCAUACCAAUCUCGUAAGUUCUUCAACCAUGAGGUUCUUCUUCGUCCUGGACUGCGUUUGCCCGUUAUUUUUUCUUGCAUAAUACUUUGUAGCAACCUAUAUUGGGGACCUCUCAUUACAUGUCCGAAAUACUCACAGGUACGCUGGUAUAUAUUUGACAUUGUGGCCGCUCUGGAUGUCAUGAGUAGUACCGCAUUUGGCAUUCUUAUGAAGAUGUUUACCAAAUCUUUAUUUGGUUUAGUGUCUUCUAGAUCACUCUUCCGAAUGUCACCAAUGAUUGAGAUAAUAAUUAUUAUAUCUGCUAUAUGGACACUUUUCAUUCUUUCAUUCUCCAUUGUCUUCUGAUUUGUACGUGAAGCUAUCCAAAGUUAUUGAUGUUCUCAUUAUAUUUAACAUGAACAUUUAGUUUAUUAAAUAAGGUUUAAGGUUUGUUUGUGAGUACGAUACUAUACCAGUAUUUGUUGUAGUUUUCAUUCUGUAGCAUACAACCAGGGACAUUUACAGUCAUGGUUAAUUUGGAGAAGUUACAGGGCUCUGUAUUUUGAAAAUUCUUGAAGAUAAGCUUUAAGUGUAAAAAAGUAGAACACGUCAUUAUCAUCACUCAACUAUUCGCAUCCAUUUAUGGGCAUAGGUAUAUAACCACUUUUCUUUUAGCAAUAUGGGCCUAUCUGGUUAGCAUUGGUUCCUUUGUUGCUGUCCAUCCAUAUCCUGGUCCCUUCUAUGAUUCUAUUGUGGUAUUUUUAUUUGCAAAAUGUUGAAAAAGCUCUCGUCUUUAGCAAAUGUAAUAAAGAUAAUUUUAAUAUUUGAAAAACCUUGUGUAUUGUAAGAAGUUACGUUCGAGUUUUAAAUUAUUGUACAGUCUUCCUUAUAAAUGAAUAUUUUUGUACAUAGUUUGUAUUUAAAGUUUUUAAAAUUGUACAGGCUUUUUUAGAUUUUAGUGUAUAUGUUCGGGUUUAGUGCUGUAGAGCAUUGUGUUCCUUUUAAGAUUAUCUGACCAAUGAAAUAUUUCAUAUAAAUGUUUUUUACACACGAGGUAACGAUUUACUAUGGCAAAGUUAAACAUCUCCAUUUGUGGAUCAAAAUAAUAAUUACACUUUUAUAAAAAAGAACUUUUUAUAAUAAAACGUUUUCAUUAUUUAUAGGACCCAAUAUAAAACUAUAAACUAUUUUGCUGUUUCAAUUUCUAUAUAUUAUGCAACGAGUAUUUAACGAUGGGCAUUAUGAAGCGAGUAUGAGGGAUACGAAACGAGCCGCCUAGCGGCGAGUUUCUUAUAGAGUACAAGUUUCAUAUUGAUAAUUAAAUGCAAGUUGUAUACACGAUUUUUUCUAUGAUCAUUCAUAACAAAAAAUAUAUUUAAAUUUAUUAAUUUUGUUACGCAAAUAAAUUAAGUAGUUUGUCAGUUUGUUUGCAUAUUGAGAACUGUCAAAGCGUAUGUAUUUGACUCGCCAUUGGUCACUGCGCGUGUGCCACUUUCAUCGCGAAUGCCAUAUCGCGAUUCUAUUGGUUAAAAAUCUGUAUCGUAAUGAAAAUCUGUAUCAUACAUAAUGAAUUUCGUUAUGAUACAGGUAGUGAAAUCAUAAUUGAUAUUAUAGUAUGAGAAUAGAAAAAGGAAUUUUGUAAUCGACUUUUUUAAGAGGCAUACUUAUUUCUCUAGCGGAUUUAAACUGGCAUAAAUCAAAGAAAAGAUUUAAAAUGGUAUAUAUAAUUAUUUUACAUAAAUAAAUAAUUUAUAUAAAAUAUAUUUAUCUAAAAUAUGAAUUUUAAUUAUAUUAAUUUUUAAUCAUUUAUUAAAAAAAUUAACCGUUCGAUCUCCAGUCUACCACUCUACCACGUAUCGAUUCGUUAACUUCAAAAUGGUAUUUAAAUGUCAUUACAUUAGUCACAUUUUUAAAAUACUAUUGAGAGCAAAAUAAUCGACUCACUUGCUGAAUUGUACACGUUAGAAGUUGAAUUUCGUAAACUGUUAUCCGAUUUGAGUGAAUUUUUUAGUGUGUUAUAGCCUUAUUAUUUAAGAAAAUCGAUGUAAUAGUAUUGUUGCUAUACAGGUAAAGGUUAUUUUAUAUCGGGUGUAACAAUCGUACUGUGUUUUUUUAUUAAAGUUCGGAAAACCCUGUGGAAUAUUCUAGCAUAUAAAAAAUAUUUAAAUUAAAAUUCAAUUGUAUCCUUAGGCUUUAUUAACAUUUUCUUUUUUGAUUCAGUUGCUUAUGUUGGAUAAUAAAAAAGUUAGGUACGUUAACAACUAGCGAUGUUUUUUAACAAUAAAUCCUCAUUUUCUGCUUAGUUUAAUAAACAAGUCUAAAGUAGGCUAUGAGAAAUUAACAAUUUAAUCGAUGUCAAAUGGUUGGCAGUCAAAAAGUGUCUGGUUUGUUGUAAAAAUGAGUAGAUUAUUGGUGGAAAUGGAACGCGCUACAGGGAAUUUGACUUGCGAUGAGUGUGUUUAAGUAGUGAUGUUACAUAGCGAAGGACUUAGCUACCAUGUUAUCGGAUCCUUAAAUUGGUAACAAUUUUUUGCUAAUGCACGAUAAUGCAAGAUCACGCUCACGAACUGUAACCGAAUAUUUACAACAGGUAAAUCUUCGGACUUUGCAUUGGCCAUCGCAUAGUCCAGAUCUUAACCUGAUCGAAAAUUUGUGGGACAUAAUUGGCAGAAGACUACGACAGCGUUUGCCACCUCUUAGAACCUUACAAUAGGCAGAAACAAUAGCUCUCGAGAUUUGGAAUGAUAUUGAUCAAGACCAAGUAGCAUACCUCAUUUGUAAUAUAAAAGUACAUAUUAUCUCUUUUAUUAUCGAACAUAAGCGAAUGAAUCAAAAAACAAGAUGUUACGAAAGCCUAAGGCUACAAUUGAGUUCUAAUUUAAAUAUUUUAUAUAUGCUAGCAUAAUACACAGGGUGUUACGAAUUUUAAGAAAAAAAUACGGUAUGAUUGUUACACCCGGUAUAAAAUGACCUUUACCUGUCUAGCAACAAUAAUAUUACAUCGAUUUUCUUUAAUAAUAAGGCUGUAACAUACUAAAAAAAUCACUCGAAUCGGACAACAGGUUUAGGAAAUUCGGGACUUCUAACGUGUACAAUUCAGCAAGUGAGUCGAUUAUUUUGCUCUCAAGUGUAGUUUGAAAUUAAAAAGAAAUCGAUUUAUUCAUAUAAUAGCAAUUAAAUAUUGCAUUGUUAGCUAGUCCUGAGCUAUUCUGAAAAUUUCAGGUACCUAGGAAACAUAGAACUAUGUUUAAAAUGGAUUACAAAAUUUGUGUAGAGUGACAAAGACAAAGCCAAGUAUAUAAAAAAAGAAUGUGUGUGUACUUUGUACGUACCUAAGAAGUUAUACUUCUAUUAUAUUAUGAUUUCAGCGAAAUAAAAUACACAGUUUAUUUUAUUAAAUAUUAAACUGAUUUUAAUAGUUACUUACCACUUACCAAAAAUACAAAAAUUAAAAAAAGAAAAAAAAAAGGACAGCAAUUGCCCGCAUUUGAACCCGGGACCUCCCUAUUCUUAGUCGAAUGCUGUACCAAUGAGGCUACAAAGGCAUUGUUUUGACUGUUUCUUGGACAUUAUGACAAACCACGGUAACAAAUAGACGAAGUAAAGUUAUAAAUAAAAAUGUUUUAAUAUUACGUAUUACCUUACUCCCGAGGAAGACAAAUCCAAAGACACAAAGAUUAUAAUAAAUAUAUUUACUAAAGACACUAAUAUAUUUUUUCUACACCUUUUUUGGACUGAUACAUAUAACUUAAAAGAUUGAGCAACGAACAACAUACUGUCUCUGUGCGCAUGCGCGCAGAAUAAUAAAAAUUCACUCCCUAUCGCGCCUAAAGAAGUAUAACUUCAAAAAUGUUUUAAUAAACAAAAUUAGAUUAAAUAAUACAUUCGAAAAUGCAAUGUGAUCGUCAUAAUUCAGGAUGUUUUGUCAGCUGACUUACAUACCCCAAAAUUUUUACUGGGGCGAUAUUUCACAUGUAUAAGUUUUGGUUUGGAAACGUAGUGUCAAUUUCAGCAUUAUCGUUACAGUGUACCUAUGAUUUUGGCUCCUUGACUAGAAUGAAGGAUGCUAUGAAAAGCUGGAACAAGUUGUUGCUAUCAAGAAAUCUAAAAGAAGCUCUCUACUAAAUUGCAUCAAAUUAAAAAUCUCUAAAGCAUCCCAAACGUGACAUAGAGAAUAUUGAGCAAAAUCCACCAACAGAUUACGAUAAACAUUAAAAGAUUCGACGUAAGUUCGAAAUAUUUUUGUACUCCUCAAAAACGACACAUAUGUGGUCACUCCAUGCUAUCGUUAAUAAUAUUCAUACAGUCACAUAAAAGUUGGUUAGAUGACUUACUUAGAAACAGCCAUAUAGUGUCUUAGACAAAAGUACUUAUCCAUCAAAUACAAACACUAUUUAUUAUUUUGUGUUGACCCAUGUUUUCUUAUGGUAAUAUUCAGUAUUAUUUUUUUAGAUGUUUGACUUUACCCUAUGAAGUGAUAAAACUUAUUUAUUUUUCAUUAUACAUGUUUAGUAUAUCCUGUUUUUACCGGUUUUUUAUUGCAACGGUUAAUGUUAAUUGACAUUUUGAGAUGUGCCACCACGAAAGAUGUUCUUUUUCUUUUAUUUAGCUAAUACCUCGAAAACUAAUGGCCAUUGGCAUGGUAGGUACGGUGAACUUUUGCAGUUAGGUACAGUAGGAAAAAUGAAAGAAUACCCAUGAACGAUCACAUCAAUCACUUAUUUUGUAUUUGCUGUCUUUUUCUAUAAAUAACAAACGUUUGUUAUAGAAGAAGAUAGCAAAUACAAAAUAAGGAUUGAUGUGAUCGUUCAUGGAUAUUCUUUCAUUUUUCCGACUGUACCUAGUGUCAUGUGUAGUGUGUGUGUGUUGAGUAAGUGUCUUGUUACUUUGCAAAGUCGACGUCAUGAUACGCUAAUUGUAUCUGAACGUCUGCGGUCCCUCCGGUGAGUACCGAUCGCACAAGGACAAAAACUAUCUUCAUUUAUUAAUUUAUAAUAAACGAAAAAUUCCCGACCCUGAUGAGAUUCGAACUCACGACCAUUCGGACCUUUCGAUCCAAAGGUAGGCGCUCUUACCACUAAGCCACAGAGAGGGUACCAUGAAAGAUGUUAAUUAUAUAUCACGGAGUUAACGACAAACAUAUAUUUAUGCCCUAUUGUUUUUUCAAUUUGGCCAGAAAAUGAAAUUGAAUAUACAGACUUGGAAGGUGAGAUACAUAUACAAUUUUACAUUGCAUUGAAUGUUUUGAUUUAAAGUGGGAGUGAGAGGGAAAGCUGUUUACAUUGAUAAUAACACUACGGUAAUGUACAAAGGAACUCAUACACCAGCAGGUACUUGUCCAACAGGUCCAGUCGCUUUUUAUAGGUCUUUGUAAUAUAAGUCCCUGAUGUGGCUAUCCCUAAACAAGCCCUUGGUGUCAUGUAUCUUAUUUCAUUGGUAUAAAGUAUAAAGCAUUUAGUAUUUUCUGUAUGGUGGCAUUUCGUUACGAUGUUUCUUAUUGGUGAUCAAAAAACAUAAUGUUAAAAGCUUGAUGAUUUAUACAGUUCUUUUCUUAGGCUCUGCAAUUCCUACAUGACAGAUAGAGUAGAAAAUGUUUUCAUUUCGUUUUGAAAAAUCAGUUGGAUUGCUAACAAUGGUCAUCACACAUUAAGCGCCAUGCUACUAGAUACAUGGGUAGGUACCUAAUUGCUAUGCUUAUGGGCUAAUCCAGUCCGUUUCAGGUGUGACUUUCAUCCCUGAUAUGUUACUGUAAAGAAACUAUUCAAAAUAAUUGUUUUUCCAUACAAAAAAUACAUUAAUAGUAUUGUUACUCUUCUUUAAAAUAAUUUUAUUCAAACACCAAGAAUAUUACAAUACUUUAAAACUUUUAUAACUUUUAUAACAAAAUGACAACUAUAACCGUCAAAUACAGUUGAUCAAGCAUUUCUCAACUUUCUAUGUUAAUAUUCAGUUUCUCUACAUUUUCCGACGUUCUAAACGCCACUAGACAUAAAAAUAAACAUUGCAUUAAGUAAAGGGUCCAGGACUGUAAUAGCUCAAUGUUCCUGUGUAUCUAGUAGGGUGGCGGUUACUGUAUACUCAGACUCGUUAUGUUUUUUUAUAAUUUUCGUUCUUCAAUAGCUAAUUGUUACAAAUAAAUUAUUAUUUAUGUUCUGAUUAAUGCUUCACCUAUUGUUUAUGAAUCUUCUAGAUCUAGAUUAACUGUGAGACGAAUGAGAAGUAAGGCGAACAUUAACAGGUUUAAGAAGUAAUUUUCUUUUAUUCGAGUCUCGGUGAUUUUACCUUUAUCUUCUUCAAUCUCCUAUAUUCAUUUAUGUAUAUACACUUGUACUUUAUAUACACUUUUGUGUUAAAACCUGUUUCUUUAUGUUUCAAUGUAUCCUGAUAAAUGAUUAUGGUAGUGAAAUAUGAUGUUUAGUACGCUUAAUAUAAGAGUAAAACUUGUCAUUACUUUGGAAAUUAGUCUACAUGCUAUUAAUUGUUCCAAACGUUCAUAUUAAUUUAGUCUCAAUGGCCAUAAUGUUUAAUGUUGCCUUCGGUAUUUCGUGUGUAACAAAACAUUUAUCUAUAAAUUAUUUAACAUUUUCUUAAAGAGAACCAAUGUAAGAGAAUUUUAUCAAUUUUCAAAAAGUAAACAAAUUUGUAUUGUGAUUUUUGAACUUUACAGUUUGUAUCAUCAUUUAUGUUUAAUAUAUUUAUAUAAUUUAUACACAUUUUUGUACAUUUUUUACCUUUCGCCGUGUUUUAAAUUUUCAAAAAUUAUCAAUAAAUAUUUUUUACCAAAGAAUCUCUAUUUAAUAUGUUUUUACUUUACUGGGUGUUCAAAAAAAGAGCUGUUGUAUUUGUGCUAUUCUUUUAAGUAUUUUUAUGGAGGUAUUUGUAUAAAUAAUUUAAACAUGCUUUUUUAUUAGAACCAUUUUAAACAAUGUAUACUAUAUGUAAAUUAAUUUGGGAAUAAAAUAAUUUUUAAUA